AACGCUCCACUGCAGGUGGCAGUUCCACCGCCGUCCUGUGGGGGCGCAGCUGAGCGCUGAUGGGAUCCACACGCCUCUCUGUUAGUAGAAGAAGAAGAAGUGGGGCGAGCUCAUCUUCAUCCAUCUUCUGAGAGAAAAACAUCCUCCAUCUGAUCCAACCAACGCUACACACAGAGACAGACAGGGACAGACAGGGACAGACAGAGACAGACAGAGAAGUGAGCAUCAUGGGAGCCGUGCUGGGCCUCUGCUCCAUGGCGAGCUGGAUCCCCUGCUUGUGUGGUAGCGCCCCCUGCCUGCUGUGCAGAUGCUGCCCCAGUGGAAACAACUCCACAGUGACCCGUCUGAUCUACGCCUUCUUCCUGCUCCUGGGGGUGGGCAUAGCCUGCAUCAUGCUGAUGCCCGGCAUGGAGGAACAGCUCAAGAAGAUUCCAGGUUUCUGUGAGGGGGGUGCAGGGACCUCGUUGCCAGGUGUGGAGGGUCACGUGAACUGUGACGUGCUGGUCGGGUACAAAGCCGUGUACCGCGUCUGCUUCGGCAUGGCCAUGUUCUUCCUCCUCUUCUCUCUGCUGAUGAUCAAAGUCAAGAGCAGCCAGGACCCCCGUGCCUCGCUACACAACGGGUUCUGGUUCUUUAAGUUUGCUGCAGCGGCUGCCAUUACCAUCGGAUCCUUCUUCAUCGCUGACGGAGCCUUCACUACAGUGUGGUUCUACGUGGGCAUGGCCGGAGCUUUCUGCUUCAUCCUCAUCCAGCUGGUUCUCCUCAUCGACUUCGCUCACUCCUGGAACGAAUCCUGGGUGGAGAAGAUGGAGGAGGGGAACUCUCGCUGCUGGUAUGCAGCUCUGCUCUCCGUCACGGCUCUGAACUACGUGCUCUCCCUGGUGUCUCUGGUGUUGUUCUACGUCUACUACACCCACUCUGACGGCUGCACCGAGAACAAAGUCUUCAUCAGCAUCAACAUGUUGCUCAGCAUCGGCGCCUCCGUCAUGUCCAUCAUGCCCCACAUCCAGGAGUCUCAGCCUCGCUCCGGUCUGCUGCAGUCCUCUCUGGUCACUCUGUACACCAUGUACCUCACCUGGUCUGCCAUGACCAACGAACCAGACAGGACAUGUAACCCAAGCCUGCUGGGGAUCAUCGGGCUGAACAGCACCUCCCCUGCAGGUCAGGACCACGUGGUCCAGUGGUGGGAUGCCCAGGGGAUUGUGGGAUUGAUCCUCUUCCUCAUGUGUGUCCUGUACUCCAGUAUCCGUAACUCGUCCAACACCCAGGUGAACAAACUGACCCUGACGAGCGACGAGUCCGCUCUGAUCGAGGACGGGCCUCAGGUGGACGGCUUCGAGGAGGAGGGCGGCGCGAACCGGGCCGUGGAUAACGAGAAGGACGGAGUGACGUACUCGUACUCCUUCUUCCACUUCAUGCUGUUCCUGGCCUCGCUCUACAUCAUGAUGACGCUCACCAACUGGUACAGCCCUGACUCAAACUACGAGGUGAUGACGAGUCGCUGGCCCGCCGUGUGGGUGAAGAUCUCCUCCAGCUGGAUCUGUAUCGCCCUCUACGUGUGGACCCUGGUGGCUCCGCUCGUCCUGGUCAACAGAGACUUCGACUGAACUCAUGACUCUCCCCGUCAUGCUGUGACCCCACCCUCAAUGCUCUGACUCCACCCCCUUUUGCUCUGACCCCGCUCCCUCAUCCCAUCCAAAUCCUUGAUAUCCCCCCCUCCUCACUGUCCUCAUUGUAAAUACCUGCAGAGUGUUGUUUCCUUCCUCCUGCAUGCUUUCUUUCUCUCUGUGACUCUAAGAGUAGCUGUUUUGUGGAGCGCAGCGCCCCCUGUGGUCAGCAUCAGUAUUGCAUAAGGAAACACUGUUUAAUGUCAAAUAAAGGGAGAGACUGAUCAGCUUCGGCAGUGCUGUGUAGCUGUGCGAGUGUGUGCGUGUGUGUUAUUAUUAUGAUUAUCAAUUUAAUGCUCUAGUGUGGGUGUGUGUGAGUGUGUGUGUGUCUCUUUGGCACACACACACGCACAGCAUUCCUGUUUCUGUAGCUUUGACUUCAAAUGUAAAAACUGAAAGUGAUUGUUUAAACAAGUUUUAACUAGUUAACUUAUUUGGUGUUGUUAGCAUUAGCAUGUAGCUUCUCACAGACAUGAGUUCGGUCAUCACACCUGUGCUUUUACCCUCUUUGACAUGUAAAGGUAAGAUCCCUACCUGGUUUAAUAAAACUGAACUAAAACAAUGAAA